AUGCAUGAUGAGGUUGGGGACUCAAGCGGGCUUCUUGUUUCUGGUAUCUUUAGUGCUAACAAAAUAUCUGGUAUUGACAAGGUCACAACCAUCGCACAGAAAGAGGGUCUGAAGACUGCACUGCUCGGUCAUUUCCUAGCACUUGUGGCUCAAUUACUGAAGGCAGAAGGCAUCGGAAUGGGAAAUGAUGGAGACUUGAGGGUGCUGCUGCUCUCUACCUGCUACCACGCUGCUAUUGGUGAGUUUGGGAAAUAUGGAAUGAUGUUUGCAGCGCAACAACCUGGAUUAAAGAUUGAUAACUAG